AUGGGGUAUCUGGGUGAAUUUCUUCAGACCGUUUUUGGAAUCGUUGGUAACAAAGUAUCUUUACCAUGCAACAUAUCUUCUCCUACCGAAGACGAUUCGGUAAGUCUAAUUUUGUGGUAUAAAGACGAAGCAACUACCCCUUCAUACAGUCUGGAUGCUCGAAGAGGUUCUUUAAAUCAAGCACGUCAUGCUGCAAGCGAUGUCCUCUCCAAUCGAGCUUACCUCAGUAUAGCGAGUCGUCCUGCAACUUUGCAAUUGGAUCCACUUCUUGAAGAAGAUGAAGGAUUCUACAGAUGUCGCGUUGAUUUCAAGAAAGCCAGAACACGUAACUCAGAUGUCAUUCUUACUGUUCUUGUACCACCCAAGAAACCCAUCAUUACAGAUCACAGUGGAGAGAUCUUACAAAGUUUGAUAGGACCUUACAACGAGGGAGAUCGACUUGUUCUCAUUUGUGAAGCGGAAGGUGGUAAGUUAAUCAAUGAAAUGUGA